AACUUCAAAGGCAUAGACGAUCUUUGCAGGUCCGGGUAAAGGUGGGGCGCUGAUUCUGAUGAACAACUUGGAAAAGUUUUGUGAAGCGGCUUUCUGUGUGAACGGGAAGAAACGGUCAGCAGGCUGAGGUGUAGCAGGAACACAGGAACCUUUGGAGUCAACAGGAGCUAAGAUCUGGACCUAGAACUGAACCAUCGCUGGGCUUCUUUAAGGAGUGUUUCUCAUUCUGGUGGACCCGCCAAGGCCCGGCCCGGACCUGUGAGCCUCUGGACCUAAGCAGACCAGAGCCAUGGCCUCUGGUAAGAACAAGAACCAGACCUCCCUGGUCCUCCAUAAGGUGAUCAUGGUGGGCAGCGGCGGUGUGGGGAAGUCUGCACUGACCCUGCAGUUCAUGUACGACGAGUUUGUGGAGGACUACGAACCCACGAAGGCUGACAGCUACAGGAAGAAGGUGGUUCUGGACGGCGAGGAUGUCCAGAUUGACAUCUUGGACACGGCGGGUCAGGAGGACUAUGCCGCCAUCAGAGACAACUACUUCCGCAGCGGCGAGGGCUUCCUGCUGGUCUUCUCCAUCACGGAGCACGAGUCCUUCACGGCCACGGCCGAGUUCAG